AUGGUGAAGUUUGAAUCGAUUUUGGCCCUCCUGGUGUCCUUGUCUGCCUCUCAGGUAGCAGCUCGUGCCACCUCUCCUGCUCAAACCAAAUAUACCCUCGAUAACAUCCGUCCCUUGACUGAUGCUGCCUCUGGUCUCGUGAAAUGUUGCCCAGAGGGGACCGAAUUCGACGGCAAGGAUUGCGUCUUGGGCGUUCCUCUAUGUCCUGAGGGCUUCACCCGCAACGUGGACAAGUGUGUGUCUAACGUGAAGCCUAUCUGUCCGGAUGGCAGUGAAUUCAACGGCAAGACCUGUGUCGCAAACGAACCUCCAUCCUGCCCUCCAGGCACUGAGUUCAAUGGCCGGACGUGCAGCGCAGGACCUGCAACCUGCCACACUGGUCUGGAGCCUAAUGGCAAUGUCUGUCAAUCCAAGCAGACUCCUGGCUGCCCUGAUACCUACACUUUCAACGGAAAGACAUGUGUUAGUGUCAUGACUCCCAAGUGUCCUGAUGGGUUGGAUUUCUGCAAUGGAAACUGCAUUAGUGUUGGCUCUCCCGUGUGCCCCCCGGGCUCUGAAUUCCACGCUGCGUUCCAGGUGUGCGCCUCGACUUCUGGCCCCGCCUGCGAAGAGGGAAGCAUCCUGAAAGAUGGCCAGUGUGUGUCGGAUAUCAAGCCUGUCUGUCCCGAUGUUAGCACUUUCAAUUCACUUAGCGGCCAAUGUACCGCAUCAGAGAAGCCCUCUUGCCCGCCUGGAUCUCAGCUGGAUCUAGUCAGUAAGAAGUGUCUCCUCAAGGAGGAUCCUGAUUGCCCUCCUGGAAGUGAUCUCUCUAUCGAUUUCACUUCAAACACCGCCCGUUGCUGCCCUGCUGAUAUGUCGUGGGAUGGCAAUAUGUGCACUUUUGAGGUCGACUCGACCCAUGAAUGUGCUCCUGGCCUUACUCAAGUGGGCACAUCAUGCCAGAAGCAGCCUACAAAGGUUCCCGAAUGCCCACCUGGCUCUAAGUUCAGCGGUAGUCGCUGUGUAUCAACAGACCUUCCAGUGUGCCCCCCUGGUUACAUCUUAGAUGGAUCCACUUGCGUUGCCCUUGAGCAACCGGAAUGUCCCACUGGUUUUGUCCUCUCAGGCGAGACCUGCCACUCUACUGCUGAGGUCACCUGCCCGACCAGAACACGAUUUGAGAAGGGCCUUUGCGUCAACAUCCAGCAGCCCGUUUGUGAGGAUAACUUCAUCUUCAACGGUAAGGACUGCGUGUCAACCGUCUCCACACCCGAGUGCACUGAGGAGGGCGGCGUCUUCAACGGCGAAGAAUGUAUCACCCCCCACACCCCGGUGUGCUCUGAAGGCAUGACUUUCGACGGCACCCGCUGUAUCUCGACUAGCGUUCCUGUCUGUCCCUCCAAUGCCCUCCUCGACGGCCAAGGCGACUGCAUUACCACCUCCGUCCCCAAAUGCCAGCCCGGAUCCUCACUUGUGGCCGGAGGCUGCAUUGUCGGCGUCCCCACCUGUCUGAAGGGCACUAUCUUCGACGGUAAGCAGUGUAUCAGCCCCAAGGACCCCAAAUGCCCCGUCGACCACAAGUGGACCAACGGUCGCUGCAUCAAGCUGGUCGGCCUCGAAUGCGCCCCCGGCUAUGCUCCCUUCAACGGCGAGUGCGUCUCCAAUGAUAAGCCCGAGUGUCCCCCCGGCACCAACUUCGACGGCAAGGACUGUAUUGGAUCUGAGCCCAUUUGCGACGAAGACCUGGUCUUUGACGGUGAGGAGUGCUCACACCCCUCUGAGCCCACUUGCCCACCCGCCAUGAAGUUCAACGGCAAGAAGUGUGUCGCUGAGAAACUACCCGAGUGUCGGAGCGGCACAGCCUUCAACAAGAAGACAAAGGAAUGUAUCGCUGACUUGGCUCCCGAGUGUCCCCCGGGCCAGGUCUUCAACGGUAAGCAGUGUGCCUUGGCUUCGGGUGACUGCAUGAACUUCGAGUACUGUCCCUCCGCUGGUAUGCCUGUCUGUGGUGAUGGCCAAAACUUUGAUACCGCGACUGGUAUGUGUGCAGACUUUUAG